AUGUCUGACGCCGGCGUUGAAGUUCAGGCCUACGAGGUCCUCCCCAAGGAGGUUGCCGCUGAGGUUGGCAGCAUCAAGCUCUUCAACCGCUGGAGCUACGAUGAUGUCGAGAUCCGGGAUAUCUCCUUAACCGACUACAUCCAGAUCCGGGCUCCCGUCUACCUCCCUCACUCUGCCGGUCGCUAUGCCGCCAAGCGUUUCCGCAAGGCCAACUGCCCCAUCAUUGAGCGUCUCACCAACUCCCUCAUGAUGCACGGCCGCAACAACGGCAAGAAGAUGAUGGCCGUCCGCAUCGUCGCCCAUGCCUUCGAGAUCAUCCACCUGAUGACCGACCAGAACCCCAUCCAGAUUGCCGUUGACGCCAUUGUCAACUGCGGUCCCCGCGAAGACAGCACCCGUAUCGGCUCGGCUGGUACCGUCCGCAGACAGGCCGUCGAUGUCUCUCCCCUCCGCCGCGUCAACCAGGCCAUCUCUCUCCUCACCACCGGUGCCCGCGAGGCCUCUUUCCGCAACGUCAAGUCGAUUGCUGAGUGCCUUGCUGAGGAGCUCAUCAACGCCGCCAAGGGUUCCAGCAACUCUUAUGCCAUCAAGAAGAAGGAUGAGUUGGAGCGUGUCGCCAAGAGCAACCGGUAA